CUGAAACGUUAAUCAUUCCAAGAAUAUAUAUAUCAGAGCUACAAGGAUAUACUUAUUAUCAUUUAAGCAGAAAGAACAUGAUGGAAUUAUAUUUCAAGUUCAACAGAUGAUCCAAUAUAACAGACAUUUGUCAAAAAGUGAUUUUCACGUGGUAUAAAUUCUUCGACAUGAUCCAGUGCCGCUUACAAUGGUUCUUGUAUGUUGUCUCUCUAAUAGUACUUCUAGCCCAUAUCCAACUGACAGUAUUACAUACGAUUGGAAUACUAUUGUAGUAUUUAUAUUAAAGGUAUUCAUCGAAUUUCUAGAUACUGCUAACAUAGAUGAAGGCUGUGAGAGUGUAGGUGAAUGUCCGGCUGAUGCCAGGUGUGUCACCAGAGGAUGCGAUGGGAAAAUCUGUGUGUGCAACACUGGGUUUCUACCAUCAGAAGACAAGACUACAUGUGGACAAGCUGCUGAUCUUGGGGAACAAUGUAACCCAGAAGCAAACGUAUUUUGCUUACGACCGAAUUCACGAUGCCCACCAUUCAAUCCAUUUGUCCCUCAACGUGAAUGUGAAUGUGAAGACGAGUAUUUUGAAUCUAGUGGCAGAUGUAGAAAAGAUCCAACAUCAGAUGGCACAUCUUUCCCUCUGCUUGGCGAGGCUUGUGACAAUUCAAAGAAAAUAUGUUCAGGACUUUUCCAGGAUUGCGUAUCUAAUGUGUGUACAUGUAAGGAUGGGUACAGAGCUGCCACAGAAGAUGAUAUAUCACUAGAACCUUCCAACACAUUUGAAUGCCGCUUAGAUAUUGACCUAAUGAACAAUACCCAGGUUUCCUGCCCACCUAUAGUUAAAAUUUAUGAGGAAUGUGAUUCGGAGGAAAACUGUAUCCUAAAUGCAGCCUGCAAGGCCAGGGGAUGCGACGGAAAUAUUUGCAUCUGUAAUGUGGGAACAAUAUCAAACGUUAAUAAUGAUCAAUGUUUACAAGUUUCUACUAUUGGGGGAUCAUGCAAUGACACCAUUAUGUGUCCCGGGGGUAGGACUGUAUGUGUGAACAGUAUAUGCGAGUGUCAACAGGGCUACAUACAAGUGGACGACACACGUUGCAAAGAAGACAUCUCAAACUUUAAAGACUACACCUGGUCACUGUUGGGAGAAGAUUGUAAAGAAACUGGUGAUAACCAAAAAGUAUGUCAAGAGAAAGAACAAGAAUGUAAAGAUGGGACUUGUCAAUGCAAAGAUGGUUACAGACCAGCCACUGAUGAAGAGAAUUCUCUUUCCCCAUUCGUUAAUAUUGAAUGUGUUGAAAACGAUUAUGAUCCAAGUGUAUCAGCUAAUGGCGGUAGUUGCCCAAAGCCUGAAGUGUCAUCCACUAUGCAAUCUAUUCCAUCGAUUGAAAUGUCAUCAACAGCACACAUACCCCCAGAAACGUCAAUGAUAGAGCAAACAUCUAUUUUACCAAGAUUAACCAACUCAAUAUCGCAUCUGAUUCUCAAUCACUAUAUAUAA